GUGGUUUGAGGGGACCUCCAGGGAGCCGGGGGUGCUGCUGGGGAGGAGCUCAGGCAAACAGGCAGGGCAGUUUGGGGGAAGGCCACCUGAGCGGUUUAGGGGGAGCUCUGGCAAACACAGAAGGGAGGAAGUGACCCAGCAUAUCUGGAGAGGGUUAGAACUGCUUGGGGGAGCCCGACUGGUAGGACCCGGGGGACCUGAAGGAGAAGGUCGGCUCGGGGUGCAAGAGGCAAAUUGGAGGCCGGGGGUGCAGGAGGGACAGGUGAGGAUCUCUGUCCAGGAAACUUAUUUCGAGAGAAAGGGACAGGGCCUUCCCCAGGGCGCAGAGGCCACCCCGGAGGGACACAGAGUAAGGAGGCGGAGGAGGAGAAGGAGGUGGUGAGGCGGCUUUCUGGGGGUGUGUGAAGGGGCUUGCUCGGGACCAUAGAAUGUAGUGGAGGGGGCUAGGAAGCAGAAGGGCUGUGAGUCAAGGAGAGGUUGGACAGUGGAGUCCAGAAGCAUCCUGUUUGACCCUCUUCUCUCACCACUUUUUGGGGAGCCUGGAAGCUAGUGUGGUUUGGGGGCAUUCCUCCCCUCAUCCUUCGGGGGCAAGGCGGCAGAAGGCUGCAGAGACUGGAGGGAAGCAGUAUGCAGGCAGAGGAGGGCACUGGUUGGUUGCUUGAGCUAUUGGCUGAGGUCCAGUUGCAGCAGUACUUCCUUCGUCUCCGAGAUGACCUCAACAUCACCCGCCUGUCCCACUUUGAGUAUGUCAAGAAUGAGGACCUGGAGAAGAUUGGCAUGGGUCGCCCUGGUCAGCGGAGGCUGUGGGAGGCUGUGAAACGGAGAAAAGCGAUGUGUAAGCGAAAGUCUUGGAUGAGCAAGGUGUUCAGUGGUAAGCGCUUAGAUGCAGAAUUCUCCACUCCGCAGUCACAGAACACCUUCAGAAAGACAUCACCCAUCCCGGGGGUUUCCAUUGGGGAGGGGUCGCUGCAGAGCCUCACUUGCCUCAUCGGGGAGAAAGACCUGAGCUUGUUCGAGAAGCUUGGAGAUGGCUCCUUUGGAGUCGUACGAAGAGGGGAGUGGGAUGCCCCCUCAGGGAAGAAGGUGAGCGUGGCUGUCAAAUGCCUGAAGCCUGAUGUCCUGAGCCAGCCUGAGGCCAUGGACGACUUCAUCCGGGAGGUCAAUGCCAUGCACUCCUUAGACCAUCGGAACCUAAUCCGUCUCUACGGGGUGGUCCUUACCCCACCCAUGAAAAUGGUUACAGAGCUAGCUCCCCUGGGAUCUCUGCUGGACCGUCUGCGCAAACACCAGGGCCACUUUCUUCUGGGGACUCUGAGCCGCUACGCCGUGCAGGUGGCUGAGGGAAUGGGCUAUUUAGAAGCCAAACGCUUUAUCCACCGAGACCUGGCCGCCCGGAACCUGCUGCUGGCUACCCGAGACCUGGUCAAGAUUGGGGACUUUGGACUGAUGAGGGCCCUGCCCCAGAAUGAUGACCACUAUGUCAUGCAAGAGCACCGGAAGGUUCCUUUUGCCUGGUGUGCCCCAGAGAGCCUGAAGACACGGACUUUUUCCCAUGCCAGUGACACCUGGAUGUUCGGAGUGACCCUGUGGGAGAUGUUUACUUAUGGCCAAGAGCCCUGGAUUGGCCUCAAUGGAAGCCAGAUCUUACACAAGAUUGAUAAAGAGGGAGAGAGGCUGCCUCGCCCGGAAGACUGUCCCCGAGAUAUCUACAAUGUCAUGGUCCAGUGCUGGGCCCACAAACCUGAGGACAGACCUACCUUUGUAGCUUUGAGAGACUUCUUGCUGGAGGCUCAGCCCACAGACAUGAGAGCCCUUCAGGACUUUGAGGAGCCGGACAAGCUGCAUAUACAGAUGAAUGAUGUCAUCACUGUCAUCGAGGGAAGGGCGGAGAACUACUGGUGGCGUGGGCAGAAUACAAGGACGCUGUGUGUGGGGCCCUUCCCGAGAAACGCAGUGACCUCCGUGGCUGGCUUGUCAGCCCACGACAUCAGCCAGCCACUCCAGAACAGCUUCAUCCACACGGGCCAUGGCGACAGCGACCCCCGACAUUGCUGGGGAUUCCCGGACAAGAUCGAUGAACUCUAUCUGGGAAACCCUAUGGAUCCUCCCGACCUGCUCUCAGUGGAGCUGAGCACCUCCCGCCCCACCCAGCUCUUAGGAAGGGUAAAAAGGGAGCCUCCGCCUCGCCCGCCUCAGCCUGCCAUCUUCACUCAGAAGCCUACUUAUGACCCUGUCAGUGACGAUCAGGACCCCCUCUCUGCUGACUUCAAGCGUCUUUGUCUGAGGAAGCCAGGCCCGCCCAGGGGCCUGUGGCUGGUGAAGCCCUCGGCCCGAGUGCCGGGCACCAAGACGAGUCGGGGCGGGGGUGAAGUGUCUCUCAUUGACUUUGGUGACGAGCUCACAGCACCUCCCCUGGCCAACCCUGCCCAAAAGCCCGGUGCCCCCUCCCUUGCCCAGCUGGCCAUGGACGCCUGCUCACUGCUGGACAAAACACCUCCACAGAGCCCUACACGGGCACUUCCAAGGCCCUUACACCCCACCCCUGUGGUAGAUUGGGAUACCCGCCCACUGCCUCCACCGCCAGCCUACGAUGAUGUGGCCCAGGAUGAAGAUGAUUUUGAAGUCUGCUCUAUCAACAGUGCCCUGGUUGGUGCCAGAACCCCGGAGGGGCCUCCCCACGGGGAGACUAACUAUGCCUUUGUGCCUGAGGCUGGACGGCCCCCUCCGCCCUUGGAAGACAAUUUGUUCCUUCCACCCCAAGGAGGGAGCAAACCCCCUAACUCCCUCCAGACUGCAGAAAUCUUCCAGGCCCUGCAGCAGGAGUGCAUGAGGCAGCUACAGGUCCCAUCUACUUCUCUGGCCUCCUCUCCUAGCCCUGGCCUGGGUGGAGAAGAUAAACCCCAGGUGCCCCCCAGGGUGCCAAUCCCACCUCGGCCCACCCGGCAGCGAAGUGAGCUGGGCUGCCGCUCAGGGGAACUGUCACCAGCUUCAGGGGGUGAAGAGGAGCCAGGACGAUGGCGGGGAGUAGCCCCUCCCCCGCAAGUCCCCCCGAGGGAGCCGUUCUCCCCCCAGGGCUCCCGUACCCCUAGUCCCUUGGCACUGUCUGGUGGGUCUCCCUUGCCCCCUCGCCUUUCCAGCUCCCCUGGGAAGGCCAUGCCCACCACCCAGAGCUUUGGCUCUGACCCCAAAUAUGCCACACCCCAGGUGAUCCAGGCCCCUGGCCCCCGGACGGGGCCUUGCAUCCUACCAAUUGUUCGAGAUGGCAAGAAGAUCAGCAACACACAUUACUAUCUGCUUCCAGAGCGGCCUCCAUACCUGGAAAGAUACCAGCGAUUCUUGCAGGAGGCCCGGAGCCCUGAGGAAGAACCCCCUUCUAUCCCUGUCCCUCUGUUGCUGCCACCCCCCAGCACACCAGCCCCUGCUGCCCCCACUGCCACUGUGAGGCCCAUGCCCCAGGCUACCCUUGACCCUAAGGCCAACUUCUCAGCCAACAAUAGCAACACAGGUGCCCGUGCCCCAUCCUUGAGGGCGUCUACCCGUCUGGUGAGGGGCUGCCCAGGGGAUGGGCUGGAGGCUGGGCGGCCCACAGACAAGAUACAGAUGGUCCAGGCCAUGGUGCAUGGGGUGACCACAGAGGAGUGCCAGGCGGCCUUGCAGAACCACAGCUGGAGCGUUCCGAGGGCAGUUCAGUAUCUGAAGGUGGAACAGCUCUUUGGCCUGGGUCUGCGGCCAAGGCAGGAGUGUCAUAAGGUGCUGGAGAUGUUUGAUUGGAACCUGGAGCAGGCUGGCUCUCACCUGCUAGACUCCUGUGGUCCCACCCACCAUAAGCGCUGAUGGCAGGUCUGGGGAGCCGGAGAGUCUGACUUAAGGGGGGGUCCUGUUAGUCUGCCUGAAGGAUCGUUUGAGCCUAUGCUGCAUGGCGGGGGCCAGGGAGGGGCCUGGGGAAACCUGCUGCUGCUACCUUCUCCCCCCAUCACCCCGCUUCAGAUAGGCAGAGAGGAGCCAGAAGGAGCAGGAGACUUGGAUGGGACCACAGUGCUAGCUCUAGCCCUCCAUCCAUCUGCUCCUCCCGUGGCUACUCGAGAGGGACAAUGGAGAGGGAACGUGGGGAAGGGAGUGAGGAGACAUUAAGAGCUGGGCUGAGGGAGGACUAGAGACAGUCCCAGGUGCAAGUGCCCCUUCUCUUUCUAGCCCUUUCAGUCUCCAUCCGCUGUGAUGCCUCCCUUCCCUUUAGGGACCAGAUUAUAGGGAAAACCCCAAGCCUGUCUGCUUGUGUCUGUGGCAGUUCCUAUUCCUAUGAAAGCUGAAGGAAGGUGUCAGUGGAGACAGUGAGGGCAGGAGUGAGACCUCGAUGCUCUGCUUACCUCAGUGGAGCCUUCCAGCUUCCUGGCAGGUGCGGUGCCGUGAGAGAGAGCUCUCAGGAUACAGACUGUGGUCCAUCCUGUACCUGGUUUGGGGUAACUGGGGGCAGGGGAUGUCACCCACGGUCGAGAAUUUCAGGAUGUUGGAGGCAGGGAGGAUGUAAGCAGUUCCAGGGCGGGUGCAGAACCCCAGGACGUACAGAAGGGAACAGAUACCGGCAGCUAACGUGGAGACCAGCGCUCCCACCCCUGCCCACUGCUGUUUUGUGUUUUUCCCAACAACCUCUGUUGCCAAAGUUGCUGCUCUUGUCCUGCCUCCACACAUCUGCUUCUUCCAGAGAAAUAAAGUUAGUUUCUAUUUUACAUUA